UUGAUUUCCUCUCUUUGGUUUUCUCGGAAAAAUGUCUGCGAUACUACUCCAAGGAGCUGGAGCUGCAACGUCUCUCUCGCCGUUUAAUUCUAUCGAUUCCAGUAAACUCGUAGCUCCUUCUCGCUCAUCUCUUUCAGUGAGGAGCAAGAGAUACAUUGUUGCUGGAUCUGAUGGGACUAAUAAAAGCUUUGGUUCUUCUAGCCUCGUAGCUCGUCGCUCUGAGCCGUUGAUACCAAAUGCUGUUGCGACGAAGGCGGACACUGCUGCGAGCUCUACUUCAUCAAAGCCUGGACAUGAGCUAUUGCUUUUCGAGGCUCUUCAAGAAGGUCUAGAAGAAGAGAUGGACAGAGAUCCACAUGUAUGUGUCAUGGGUGAAGACGUAGGCCAUUACGGAGGCUCAUACAAAGUAACCAAAGGCUUAGCUGACAAGUUCGGGGAUCUCAGGGUUCUUGAUACUCCAAUCUGUGAAAACGCUUUCACUGGUAUGGGCAUUGGAGCUGCCAUGAUAGGAUUAAGACCCGUCAUCGAAGGUAUGAACAUGGGGUUUCUACUCUUAGCCUUCAACCAAAUCUCCAACAACUGUGGUAUGCUUCACUACACAUCCGGUGGUCAAUUCACUAUCCCGGUUGUAAUCCGUGGGCCUGGAGGUGUGGGCCGGCAGCUCGGAGCCGAGCAUUCCCAGCGUCUCGAGUCUUACUUCCAGUCAAUUCCUGGGAUCCAGAUGGUGGCUUGCUCAACACCUUACAACGCUAAAGGAUUGAUGAAAGCUGCAAUAAGAAGCGAGAAUCCUGUGAUUCUGUUUGAACAUGUUCUGCUCUAUAACCUCAAGGAGACUAUUCCGGAUGAAGAAUACAUCUGUAAUCUGGAAGAAGCGGAAAUGGUCAGACCCGGUGAACACAUCACGAUACUGACGUAUUCAAGGAUGAGGUACCAUGUAAUGCAGGCUGCAAAGACGCUGGUGAACAAAGGGUAUGAUCCAGAGGUUAUCGACAUUAGGUCAUUGAAGCCGUUCGAUCUCUACACAAUUGGAAACUCAGUGAAGAAGACGCACCGGGUUUUAAUUGUGGAGGAAUGUAUGAGAACAGGAGGAAUCGGAGCCAGCUUGACGGCUGCAAUAAACGAGAACUUUCAUGAUUACUUGGAUGCUCCAGUGAUGUGUUUAUCUUCUCAAGAUGUUCCAACUCCUUACGCUGGCACAUUGGAGGAAUGGACGGUUGUUCAGCCAGCUCAGAUCGUCACUGCCGUCGAACAACUCUGCCAGGGAACGGGAAGAGUCAAGCAAAGAGGUGGUACAGAGUCGGAGGCAUCAGAGAAAGAGAGAGAGAAAGAGAGAAAGAUCUCAAUGGCGGCGAUAACAAGUGCGGUGAUAGCAAUAGCUGGAAUUAUAUUGGGAUGGAUCACGAUAGAGUUAGCUUGUAAGCCUUGCCUGGAAUCAGGCCGUGAAGCCAUCGACAGAUCUCUCAAUCCUGAUUACGAUCCCGAUGACCAAGACGUCGACACAUCUUCCGAUGUUCGUUCUCCUCUCAUCCCAAAUCAUCCUCCAGAUAACUCCGACCCUGAUCCCUCCACCGCGAUCAAGUCCGUCUGAUCGAUCUUGAGUUUUGUCUGUUGAUUUGCUAUCCUUUUGUAAAAGUUUGCCAAUUUCAUUUUAUUGAAUGCUUGUGUUUUUGUUAUUAUUAAGAAACAAGUCUGAGAUCU